AUGGGUUUACAGGCAUUCGUGGUUCUUGCUCUGAUCAGCGUAGCAGCAGCCGCCCCCUGGCGGUGCUACAGCACGUGCGAUGGUAGCACAGUCUGCUUCGGCGAAGUCGGCCAGCCCACCAUCAACCCACCGGCAAUCUGCAUCGGCCGCCCUAGCCCUCCUUGCACAGGCCCAGCGACAGUCUACACCCCCUGUCAGUGCCAAAACCCAUUGCCUCCACCCCCACCGUGUCCGUGCCAGCCUCCCUGUCCAGAGCCCCCCCCACCGUGUCCCUGUCAAAACCCCUGUCCUUUAUAUUAA